AAAGAAUACUUUCACUUUCAACGGUCUUCUGCAAAGCAGAACGAGCGCAUUUCUUCUUCAGCUCGUCUAACAGAAUAGCGGAAUACUUCACCGAGGGACGUUCGUUGUUAGAUGGAAAAUGGAGAUUUUAAUUGGUAUACUUAUUUCAUCAUUGUCUCUGUAUUGUGACUUCACCGAAGCUGAGUGCCUGGUGGUCAGUCCUGCCAGGCUGGUGGUGAAGCAUGGAGACCCAGCCUCCUCUAGCUGCAGCUCAGAUACCCCUGUAGAGAUGGGCUGGGAAGUCACCCAGGGAGGGGUUGGUCUAACAGACAAGGAGGUGAAGAUCCUACGCUGGAAGGUGGACAGUGUGACUGACUGGAAGAUCAAACCUUCAUGCUUCACAGAAGGAGGCCAGUGUAAGAAACAGCUGGACAUCACAGUUUAUAAGCUUCCAGACCGUGUCUCCAUCAGCUACAGGAAGUACCCUGAUCCAAUGGUUGAGGGGCAUCGGUACCUGCUGCAGUGUCUUGUCCAGAACAUCGCUCCUAUUGGGAGACUCAGGGUGACCUUCGUCAAAGUCUCUACCACUGGUGAACAGACAGAAUUAGACACACCACAGAAAUCCAAGGACAACAUCACCACACCAGAGAAUGGGACCUACACCCUGGACUUCACCCCUGGUAGAGAUGAUGACGGGGCCCAGUUGUUGUGUUCAGCCAUGUUGGAUCUGGGACCAGAGGGACCCCAACCUCCUCCUGUUAUGAACUCAAACCGCCUCAACAUCAACGUGCACUACAAGCCUCAGAUCACUAUGAGUCCUGGAUGUUUCUCCAUGAGCAUCACGGAGGGUGACACACUAUCACUGAACUGUAGUGCAAAUGGUAACCCUGCCCCCUCGUACGAUUGGUUGCUCCCCCAAGCUGACCCCAACCCCAUGGAAGAGAGAUCCGUAGUGACCAUGACCAACAUUGCCAAGUCUCACUCUGGAGAGUACACCUGCAUCGCCAGAAACCCCCUGGGAAAAAGCACCUGUACUGUUAACGUGGAGGUCAAAGGAGCUUCCUGUCAGACUGCUGGAAGUGCCUUGGUGGCUGUGCUGCUCCUCCAACUCAUUCAUUGGCUUUAAGACCACUUCCUGAAUCCACUGAUUGGCUGAAUACAUGUGCUUUUCUUUUUUCUUCGAAAUCCCUCCCACUGUGAUUGGUGGCUGUCUGUCCACUUUCUGCUGACUAUUGAUGAAUUAUUUGUAUUGAUUUAUUGAUUGAUAACCAUGACAACAAUACUUUGAUAAUAUUACCUUGUAACUUUAUGAUUUUGCCUUAAAUCAACAGUUUGGAUCCACCUACACAUUAAAGGGUUUUUCUUUAUUUGUACUAUUUUCUACUAUCUCUGACCAUUCGGGAUGUUAGUCAGCUAUGACUAACAUACCACUGUUAAUAUUUAAUAUUUCCUUAUUAAGUUAUGGUGUCAGAUAACAUACAAUGAAACUAGACUUUUGUUAAUAUACGAAUGACCUUGUUCCAGGUGGGGAUGUUGUUCUGCACUAGUGUGUCAAUAGCAGGACAUCUUUGACUCCCUGGGGUGGCAGGGUAGCCUAGUGGUUGGAGUGUUGGACUAGUAACCGGAAGGUUGCGAGUUCAAAUCCCCGAGCUGACAAGGUACAAAUCUGUUGUUCUGCCCCUGAACAGGCAGUUAACCCACUGUUCCUAGGCCGUCAUUGAAAAUAAGAAUUUGUUCUUAACUGACUUGCCGAGUUAAAUAAAAAUAAAUAAAACUCUAGAUUACACAUA